AUGGCCCAGUUCGGCUACGUUAUCUCGAUCCCGACGAGUGUAGCCUUCCAAGUUAUCCUCACCCUCUUUGGAAGCUUUCGGAAUCAGAGUUCAAAGAAAUGGUUCAUUUUCCUCCUUUGGUCUGCCUAUCAAUUGGCCGAUAUCGCAGCCACCGCUGCCCUUGGCAUUGUAAGCAGCUUCUCUAGUAUGAAUAUGGAAAAUUUAGCCCCAAUUUGGUCUUCAUUCCUUUUAAUGCAUCUUGGAGGACCUGACAGUAUCAGUGCCAUCUCCUUGGUAGACAAUGAGCUGUGCUUUAGACACUUAAUCCAGCUUAUCUACCGAGUUGGAAUUGCUGGCUACAUCCAUUUUAAACUAUUAUAUUUCGACUAUGUAUACGGGAAUGAAGGGCUCAAGUUUGCAGCUUUCAUGUUCAUGUUAUUAGCUGGAAUCUCCAAGUAUGCUGAGAGGACUUGGGCUCUUUACUCGGCAAACAUGGCUAGACUUAGAAAUUCCAUGCUUCCUCCUCCUAAUUCAGGGCCAACUCCAUUAAUCCCUAAUGGUGAUGAUGAUGAUGAUGAUAAUGAUGUUGGUGAUGCCCACCAAUCCAUUCCCAUUCCCAUGACUGAAUAUGCUUCCGAAUCAACAUCAACACCAACACCAACAGAGGAGGAUGGGACAGUCUAUUCUGAUAAGGAAAUAUUGUUGCGAGGCUACCAAUACUUCUGCAGCUUCAGGUGCCUCUUUGUGGAUUUGAUGGUUCCAUGCUCUCGUAUUAUGGAUAUCCGGGAAUUCUACUUACAAUGCCGUUGCGAAGUUGCCUUCCAACUGAUUGAUGUGGAGCUCAGGUUCGUUUACGAUAUGCUCUUCACCAAAGUGCCUGUGGUCCGCACACACCUAGCAUGCAUUUUGCGAUUCCUUAGAAUUUCUGUCCUCAUCUACACCUUAAUGGAGUUUCUUAACAAUAUUUUGAUUCCAAGAUCCAGGAGGAUGCCAGGAUAUGGGAUCCUUUUUUUUGAUAGAUUGUUAUUCACUAACCCUCUCGUAGCCUUGAUUAUCUUUGGUUGGGCUUUUGUUCAAGAAAUGUUCGAAGUCACUCAGAUGCUUCUAUCGGAGUGGACUAUCGUCUGGUUAAUUAACCACAACCUCAAUUGGCUAGCAACGAUAAUCUUGAAUCGUCUCAUCUCGUGUCGAUUGCUGGUUUCUAAAACCUCUCAUGAUGGAAGUGGAGUGAGGGGAGUAGUGAUUUCCAAGACGGCGACGACCACAACAACAACAACAACAACCAGAAGGACAUCAUGGUGGCAUAACAAUAGUAUGGCCCAGUAUAAUCUAUUGAGCUUUUGCUUCAAAGAAGAGCCAUCAUUUUUCAAAAGAAUCCUAUAUCUUUCUUCUUGGGGGAAAUAUUCAUGA